GGUUAUCAGUAAUCGUGUCCUCUCCCUUAGCUGCGGGGGCGCGCAGGGAGUCUCUUCUCCUUUAAGUGAGAGAAGAAACACCCCCACCCCCGGACGGCCUAGUGUGAGACAGGAGGCCGCUCUACCGGAGCUGUGAUGGGGAUUUGAACGCACUGCCGCACGGCCUCGUUCAGAGCGAGUCCCUGUCACUCUCACCCCCCCCGUUUGGAUCUAUGCUGCCCGCUUUCGGCCUGCGCUCGCUGCCUGGAGCCCGGAACGGGGCUGCGUUGGGCAGACUGUGACCGUCCGUCGGGCGGAGAACGCAGCGGAGCCUGCGGGGACCUCCGGCUGCCUCUGCUGCUCUGUGUUCGUGCGUGUUUCUCCGCGGACUGGACGCAGUUUUGGAAACACUCGGGAUUAGGUGAUUUGUGCUCCGGGGAGUUGGAUGUGUGUUUCGCCCCGCAGGACUCACCUGGAUUCCGGCGCCGAUGGCGCAACGGUAUGAAGACCUGGCCCACUAUGGCCUGGAGGGGCUGGACAGGGUGUAUGCAGACCCACACCACCACCUACACCAUCCGGCGGGCACAGCCCCCGGUCCCUCCCCCCAACAUCAGUACUCCCAGUACAGCCACAGCAGCCUGGCGCCCUCAGCAGGGGACACAGUCAAGAGGGACAAGGACGCCAUUUAUGGACAUCCCUUAUUCCCUUUGCUUGCACUGAUCUUUGAAAAAUGUGAACUGGCGACGUGCACACCAAGAGAGAGCGGUGUGGCCGGAGGAGAUGUCUGCUCCUCGGACUCCUUUAGCGAGGACAUUGCCGUCUUCUCCAAACAGAUCCAAUCAGAGAAGCCUUUGUUUUCGCCGAACCCAGAAGUGGACAACGUGAUGAUUCAGGCGAUACAAGUGCUGCGCUUCCACCUCCUGGAGCUGGAAAAGGUCCAUGAGCUUUGUGAUCAUUUCUGCCAUCGAUACGUCAGCUGUCUGAAAGGGAAGAUGCCGAUCAAUCUGGUGAGAGAUGACAGAGAUGGGAACAACUCAGAGGGCGAGGACUUCAUCAGGUUAUCAGGGAGCAGCGUGGAUCAGGUUUCCUGGAGCAGAGAUCACGAUGACACGGUGUCGAUCCACUCGGCCGGGACCCCGAGACCGCCCAGCGGAGGACACGCGUCUCACAGCGGUGACGAGGGUUACGGGGAGGCGGAGGAUGUGUGUUCAGCCUUAAACAGGGUCACAGGCGACUUUUUAACUUUAGAAAAACGCCUUUACAGACGUCCGUAUCUUCUGAGUAUUGUCCUCAAAUCAUCACAACACCCCUGUGGGUGUGUUUCAGGGGACUGCCUAAACAAUGGCGUGGCGUCUCCCAGCACGGGGGGCGACGACGACCUCGACAGAGACAGACUGCACAACAAGAAGAGAGGUAUUUUCUCCAAAGUGGCCACCAACAUCCUGAGAGCCUGGCUCUUCCAGCACCUGCAGCACCCAUACCCGUCGGAGGAGCAGAAGAAGCAGCUGGCUCAGGACGCCGGCCUCACCAUCCUGCAGAUCAACAACUGGUUCAUCAAUGCACGGCGGCGGAUUGUUCAGCCCAUGGUCGACCAGUCCAACAGAGCAGUGAGCCAGGUUUCAGCGUACGGCCCUGAUGGUCAGCCAAUGGGAGGCUUUGUCGUGGACAGACAGACGCACGUGGGAAUCAGACCGCCUGGGCCUGUGGCCGGUGUGGACAUGGGGCUGGAGGGACAGUGGCACUACAUGUAGCACCAGCAGCAGCGCCGCGCCGCCCGGCCGCCGGAGGAGCGGCCCAGGAAACGCUGACCCUUCCAGCAGGUCUACAGCCCUCCCUGGCUGGACCAGGACCCCAGGCCUCCUCCCCUGUGCUCCCCUCAGCCCCACCCCUCUGGCUACCUGGCCUGAUGAGGAAGCACCUCAGGACUUCAGGUCUUCCAGCUGAAGCACAAAGAGGAAGUGCAGACAGAUGAGGAAAACCAAACAGCUGUGGUACCUGAUCAGGACACAAACAUUCAACCUUCUGUUCCUCCUCUGGACUAGAACCACAGAAGUGGCCCAUCUGACACCAGCAGACCUGGCUCUCUGGCCGAUGAACUCAUGAACCUGGUGUCUGGAUUUCCUGAGGGCUUCUACUGAAAGAGGACACCUCUGCAGACUGACGGACGGCACUGUGGACGCUCACAGACGAGUCGGUAUGAGCGCUCUGCCGCUGCUGUUUGAAGGACGGAGGCCCGGUCCUGGUUCAGCGUUCACACUGUGUGUCUGAGUCACAGACGUCUGUCCUCCCUCAAGCCCCACAAAUCUGAGUUCCAAAAUAAAACAUGAAGCAACUGUG